AAGGCGACCUUGGCGACCUGCACAGCCCAGACACCAAACCGUACGUACGCGCGUGCAACCAGAAAUGUUUGAGAAAAGAAGCACCCAACGCCCCAGCCAUGCAGCGCGAGCCCGCGAUUGGCUAGUGCCCCGCGGCCGGGCUCUUCUCUCCGGCCGCGGUUCCUCCCCGAAUCCGUUUCCCCCUCCCUGAUCCGACGAGGUUAUCACGCCGGAGUUCUUCCGCUCCGCACCCGCUCCCGCCGAUCGACGGUUCUGCUUCGUCCCGUUUCUGAACAAGCCAAGGGGAUUCGAUCGUCUCGUACGAAUUCAGAGACGCUCGUUUUGGACGACGGUGCAAUAGAGCGGAGUGGUCCAGCAGCUAUAAUUUGGCGUGCAUUGACUUGGGAUUGAUCCGUACGUGUGGGGGGCGACCGAUGGCGUCGUCCUCCUCCUCUCUGUCAUCGGCGCUGAGCUCGAUGGAGCAGAUGCUGGACGCGCUCAGGCAGAGAGGGAUCGGCAAGCCCGACGACAAGCCCAAGGAGGAGGAGCCGCCGGCGCUGCCCACGCGCCCCACCGUCAGGGGCCGGCCUCCUUCCAUCCACAGGCCCGCCUCCAGCGCGCCGUGGAGUCAACAACGCCCACCGCUGGCCCUGCUCCCCCCACCGCCGGAAGAUGAAGAAGCGAGGGAGGCGGAGAGGCGUGCGGUGGAGCUGGAGCUGGAGAGAAGGGCUGUGCGGGCGGAGGAGGAGGCGAAGCAGAAAGACGACGACGUGAGGCUCAAGGAGGAGGAGAUCGCCGUGCUGAGGCAGCAGGUGGAGCUCUACGAGGCCCGGCUCGCCGAGUGGGAGGCCAAGAUGAAGGCCGUGGAGGAGGAGCUUCAGAGACAGACCGCCGCGCUGCAGAUGUCUCAGGCUGCUGCUGCUGCGGCGGCGGCCAGAGCAGCACUCGGUUCCACGAGCCACCGCCGGGAGCCAACCUUAUCCGACGGCGUCGCGCAGGCGGAACAAGCUCCGGUGCCCACGAGGGCGGAGGAAGCGUCCGUGAAGCGGGGCGAGAGCCUGUUUCGAGGAGCGUCCGUGAAGCCCCAGCAGCAGCAGCAGCCCGCCGUCGCGGCCGUCCUUAGCUCGAAGCCGAGCCACGCGGGCGUCGCCGCCGUCCUUAGCUCGAAGCCGAGCCACGCGGGCGUCGCCGCCGUCCUUAGCUCGAAGCCGAGCCACGCGGGCGAGCUCGCCGUCGCCCCCGCCGUCCUUAGCUCGAAGCCGAGCCACGCGGAGCACCACCUCGCGACCGAGUUCGCGCGGGAGACCCAGGCGUUCGAGCACGCCGCGAGGGCGGUGGCCGAGGUGAAGCCGGGCACCAUGUCCGUCGACGAGCUCAAGAUGCUGAGGCGGCAGUUCGCCGCCUGGAAGAAGGAGUACGAAGCGCGGCUGCACAAGACAAACGCGGAGCUUAAGAAGCGCAUCCACUCGGAGAAGAGCCACGACCAGCAGGCUGCCCACUGCGGCCGGCGCCGGUGGUGCGGCUGGUGGAGGACGAUCAAGGCGCCGAAGUUCAGGGCCCCCAAGAGGUGCUGCGCUUGCGCUUGCGCCAUGAAGUUGCCUAGCCUUCCCUCGUGCAAGUUCCCUAGCCUUCCCUCGUGCAAGUUCCCUAGCCUUCCUUCGUGCAAGUUCCCUAGCCUUCCCUCGUGUUCCUUCUCUUGCUGCUGCUUUCGCCGCCGCCGAUAGUCACCCAAAAAUACUGGACCGCCGCUCGUGCUGUACAUGAAUGAAAGCAAAAUGCCAAAAUUGCAGUGACCAACGUACAUGGCAAGACGAAGAUGAAACGGAAGAGUUUUCCUGACUGAAUGUGUAGUAUAUGUUGGUGGUGUGAAGUGCUGACCUAGAUGACCUGCUGCGAAAUUUCUGAAUCUCCAAUGUCCAAAGGAUCAUUUGGACAAGGGAAAUGUUAAAAAAAAAUAAAGUUAGAUUUUUAAGCAUGACAAAGCAAACGUUUUUAUGGCAAUUUAUGUUAUCACGGGGAUGGCAAAAAAAAUUCGGAAAUGAUAAACCCCGAAAUGUUCGGAUUUUAGGCAUGGCAACCCGAUCGUUUUUUCAUGGCAACUUUGGUUCAAGCGAGGUUGGCAAACAUGGCAAUUUUCAAACAUAAGAGUUUUCCUGACAUAAGCCCUGUUUGGUGUCGCUCCGCUCCACAACUCCGCUUCCGGAGCUGCAGUUUCCUCGCUCCGCGGAUCCGGGAGUUGGUGGGUUAC